UUGGCGAAGGUUUGAGGAAAAUCCAUCGAAAAUAUUAAAAGUUAAUAGAAUUUUAUCUUUUUUAUACGAUAGUUGACAGAAAUAAAAAAAAUUACAUUUAAAAAAAAAGGCAAAAAGGUCGAAUAGACAUCUUUACAAUAGGGCGGGGGGAGGGAUCAGCUGUUAAAAAUACUUUUUUGUUGUUGUUACUUCUUCAAUUCCUUUUUGAGGGGGUAUUCCUCACAAAAGUCUGAAGAUGUCAGUAUAAUACAUCUUAUAUUGGCAUAGGCCUACAGAUGAGGGCGCUGCCCCCCCCCCCCCCUAAAAAAAAAGAAGAAUUAAAUCAUGACCAAGGGGAAAAAGAGAAAAUGAAAGAGCGGAGGAAGAAGGAGAAGGGUGAAAUUUAUUAUUUUCUGAAUAUUAUGUCAAAACCUAUCACAAAUUUGGAUGUUUGUAAUAAAAAAAUGUCGAAUUUUUUGCUCGCUCGGUUCGCAAGCUCCCAACUUUUUUUUAAAUAAAUUUUGCCUGAUACCGUGAUACGCCAUAUCUUUCCCCUUCAAAAUUUUUGGCCCAUAACGCCACUGCUUACUAAUAAGAUAAAGUGAAUAUUGCGAGCUAAAUUUUUUGAUAUUUCAUGUAUUGACAUGAAAAUUGAAUAUCCUGUGCAGUCUUUGAAGGGCAUGGACGCGAUGCUUUAUCUAACUAUAUUACACACUUAUUUGAAUAAACUAAUGACAGUUUGCUGUGAGUCAUGAAUAUGAUACAUAUCUCAUCAAUCAAAUAAUAUGCGAGAGCGAUCUUUGAUCAGUAAAUUAUUGUUUCUUCGACCUCAAACAGGCAUUUUAGCACUCUAAAUAAACAAGAUGAUGCGAAGCGCCCCGCGAAGCGCGAGUUGUGGCGAGUUGAUUUUUUUUUCCGACUGGAAAACUGGAUAUAAUUAUUUUAUUUAACCAUGAAUAUGAUGAGUAUCUGACUUAAUAAUAAAUGAUGAGAACGCUGAGCGCGGGCUGUUUUUUUUACUUGAAAAAUUGACAUACUAAGCACUUCUUGAAUAGGAUGGGUAUCUGACUAAUCAAAUAAUAUUAUUGAUGCAAGCGCGGAGCUCGAGCUGACUUAAUUAUUGAUGCGAGCUAAAGAUUUUUGAUUUUCCGACUGGAAAAUUUGAUAAUUAUAGCACUUUUGGUAAUCAUGAUGAUUAAUCUUUAAAAAAAUCACACCUAAAUUAGUUUUGUUGGUCAACAUGCAUGCGUUAUUUCGUAUCUCAAUCAUAUCAAGCUGAGUUUACUGUCAAAAUAUGCUUGAGCUCCCGUCCAUUUUAUUCUCAACAAAAACAAAGGAACACAAAAAGCUAUAAAACAUAAUAAUUAAAAUAACAAUAUUAAUGACAAUAAUAAAAUUACAUUCCUCUUCCUCCUUCCCAUGGCUCCCCCUCUGUUCCUGCCCCCUCCCCCCUUCUCUCUAUUUUUUUUUAUUUCUUUCUUUCCUUCUCCUCUCAAUCUUACUAUUCCCCCCCCCCCUCUCUCUCUCUCUCUCUCUCUCUAUGUACACACUUGAUCAUUACUUUAGAUUUCCGGGUGGUUUCAGCGAAUGUCAACUUGUCAAGGUGACUGGAUAAUGGAAAAUGUCACGUUCAAAAAUGAUAUUUGCAUAUGCGCCUGACAAAUCUUUGAUGAAACACACUCCUUGAUAAGAACAGUAUCAACUCGGAGGGAUUGGUUCGAUCGAGUUCUGCAAUUGGAGGCGGGUUGGCGGGAGUCUUUCUGAUUUCGAUAUUCAUUAUUGACCUUGAUACAUUGUAUGGAUAUUUCUUUUAGCGGCAUGGAUUCGUUAUUUUCCACUGUUCUCGUGGUCGCUUUGAUCAUCGCGACAGCCGACAUCAUUAAGCCCGUUGCUUCGAGCAAUGACAACGGUGAAGAAAAUCAAUCACUUCUGCUUCUGGUGGUAUUCGACGGUUUCCGCUACGACUACCUGGAAAAGACGUCAACGCCCAACUUCGAUCGCCUUGUCAGUAUGGGCGCCAAGCCAGGAGGCUUGACUCCUGCAUUCGCCACGAAAACAUUUCCUGGCCAUCACACCAUCGCUACCGGUCUCUACCAAGAGAACCAUGGGAUAAUAGGAAACGAAAUGUACGACCCCGAGUUCAAUUCGACAUUCGGCCAAGCCAACAACGAGCCUCGAUGGUGGAACUACGGUGGAGAACCGAUCUGGGUGACCAACCAGCUCAACGGUGGUCGUACCGUGUCCGUCUUCUGGCCUGGUGAUCGUGUUAACAUCUCCGGCAUGACUGCGACUUAUCACCAACCAGCCUACGAUGGCUCCUUCCCUUUCAAUGAUCGUAUUGAUCUAGUGGUUGGACUCAUGUCCAAUGGAAGCGCGAAUCUAGGGAUCCUGUACUUCCAUGAACCGGAUAGCACAGGACAUCUUCAAGGUCCAGAAUCAGAAGCCACUGCUGACAGUAUAGCUCUGUGUGACGAAACCCUUGGCUAUCUCCUGGAUAAGCUCAGUGAAGCCAAUCUGCUCGAUGACGUCAACAUUAUACUGACAAGUGACCACGGCAUGGCGUCUGUAUCUUCUAACCAGACCGUGUUCCUUGAUGAUUACAUUGACAGGAGCCUUUAUUUCUAUACCAACAACGAUCCAGUGUUCGGUUUAUGGCCUUAUGAAGAGGGAAACACUGAUGCCUUGUACAACGCUUUAAAAGAUGCUCAUCCAAGUAUGAACGUUUACCUGAAAGCGGAGAUUCCUGAAGAAUACCAUUAUCGAGACAAUCGACGUACUAGCCCAAUCCUUGUCGUCAUGGAGGAAGGGUGGCAUGUAUGGAUAAACAGUUCUGUGGCCGGAAACUGGCAAAGAUACAACGGAAAUCACGGCUUCUUGAACACUCUUGAAAGCAUGCGGUCAAUCUUCAUCGCUUCUGGCCCCGCCUUCAAAGCAAACUACGCGUCUGAUGAUUUGCUGGAUGCCGUUGACGUGUACAACUUGAUGUGUCACCUCCUUUCAGUUAGCCCCGCCCGAAACAAUGGCACGUUUAGUCACGUGCAGCCUCUUUUGGCCAAUGAGGUGACUGGAACCACUCCUUUGGCGGGAAUAGAGACGACUUUUCAGAUGACGACAGGAUCAGGCAUUCGUGAAACUUUUUCUCCACUCCUCCUAUCGCUCGGUUUUACGAUAUUUUUAGCUUUUUAUAAUUAAUUGUAGAAUGCAACAAGUGAAUACACGUAGUAAAACGCUGAUUAAAUGUUUUAAACUCAUUUAUGUAUUUAUAACGAAUUGUUUAUAAUAUGACUUGAACAAGAGAUAGUUGAGAUCAUAUCGCAAAAUUAAUGCUCUCAUUUUCACCAGCGUAUUCUAUGUGCAAGUUAUAUAUGUCUUGACCACUGAAAUGUUCUUGUGGUCGAGUUGACGGACUCAUUAUUUGUAUAGAUAAAUAAUAAUGUAAAAAAACCGUAAGUGAAUGAACCUAACGAAUGAACGUGAUAAAGUGAACAGAUAUUACAUUUUCAUUAUGUGUAGAUAUCUAGGAUUAAACGAAGAAAAAGCAUUAGUCAAUAUUCUUAACAGACCAAUAACAGGGUAGCGUUGUCAGAUUUGACAACAUUCCUUGAUUUUGAUUGGCUGAGAAGCACUGUUACUAUGGUAACUGUCGGAUAAAUCAAGACUUGUAUAGGAUAAAACGUCCGACAAGUCCUUUCAUGAAACAUCCCCCUGAUAUCGAUGUAAACAGGUGUGGUAAUGACAAUGGUAUCAAUUCUAAUAAUGAUUAUGAUAUCAAAAAAAUUAUUAUAUUAAUAAUAAUCAUAAUCAUUACAAUAUUGAUGAUAAUAAUAAUAAUAACAACAGUUAUAAUAAUUUAAAUAUCGAUGAUGAUAAGUAAAGGCAUGAACUAUUAAUUGUCAGGUUUUGCAACCAAAAAAUAAAAAUCAGCAGUAUAUUGAAGGGAAUUCGAGGGACAUUGUUAUGGUGAAAAUUGUUAUACAAUUAUUGGAAAAAAUAAUGGUACUUUUGUGGAAAUGUUAGAUAGAGCCCCCCCCCCCCCCCCCACACACACACACACAUACACACUCACGCAAAAGAAAACCACACGCACGGCAUCGCAGAUAUCGAUUGUGCUUUAUUCCAUUGACAUAGCUUUCGUCUUAUAACUACAAUUAUGAAUAUUGAGCUUGGAAAGGUCAAUUUUCCUGUAAAAUUAAUUAAUCUGAUAUUCUUGCAUUAAAAGUGUAUAUUUUAAAAUCUGUUUACACUGUAAAAAA